GGGGGGCGGAUAAAGAGCCCGCACACACGGAACUGUGGUGGAAAUAAGGUAAAGAAGAGGCAAGAGAGGAAGAGGAAAAGAAGGAGAACCAGGAAGAGAUGGACUAAGCAUCCGUUGAUGACUGCUUUGUUUCUUCAGCAUGUUGCACCGCGUUCUUUCUUCACUGGAACCCGCGUUUGUGUUUCUGUGGACUCCAAAAAUAUAAAGAGGGAUUCCUCGUUCUGACCCUUCCGCGGGAGAUGUUGCAGCCAUCGCUGCGAUUCAGGGUACCAAAGGCUUGGCGAGGACAAACCGGACUGGAUUUUUUUCUUCUACAAAGACAUACUUUUUGCCUGUGGAAAGCAGUCGAUACGUUUUGUCUUAUUUUGUCCCCGCUUUGCAUUUGAAAUGAGGCGGCAGAUUAACAACGGAAUUGAAGCAUGGAGCAUUUGGUCUAGAAUGAAAGUGUGCAGUUAGUUUCAAACAUCCAAGGAUUGAGUCCAAGGAUUCACCUUACCCUCGAAGGGCCCCCGAGAGACGUCCUCCUGCCCACGAUGAUGAAUUCCACCCUGGAUCCACUGAACCUGAGCUCCGCUGACCUGCCGAACUUCACUGCUCCCUUUUGCCUGCUUGAGAUCCGCUAUUCCGCAAUCUUCACCACCUGCCUGCUCGAAGUCUCCAUUAUCCUUCUCCUCACCGUUCUGAUUAUUUCAGGCAACUUGGUGGUGAUUUUUGUUUUUCACUGCGCCCCUUUGCUGAGCCAGCACACCACCAGCGCUUUCAUCCAGACCAUGGCGUACGCCGAUUUGCUUGUCGGUGUCAGCUGCCUCUUCCCCUCCUUGUCCCUAUUGCAUCACCUCCAAGGUCUUGACCCCAAACUCACCUGCCAGGUGUUUGGAUACCUGGUGUCCGUUUUGAAGUCCGUCUCCAUGGCGUCGUUGGCGUGCGUGAGCGUGGACCGCUACAUCGCCAUCACGCAACCCCUGACCUACGUGGCCCUGGUGACGCCGUGUCGGGUGCGCUGCUGCAUCAUUCUGAUUUGGUUGUACUCGGCACUGGUGUUUCUGCCGUCAUUCCUCGGUUGGGGGAAGCCCGGUUACCACGGCGACGUGGUGGAGUGGUGCGCCGUCGAGUGGAGGACCCAGCCGGCCUUCACCACCUUGAUUGUCCUGCUUCUCUAUGCGCCCGCCGCUCUCACGGUCUGCUUCACGUACGCCAACAUCUUCAAGAUCUGCCGGCAGCACACGCGGGAGAUCAGCGAACGUCAGGCGCGCUACCGACCCCAACCGCACCCGGAUCCGGCUUUGACAUCGGGAUCUUUGGCCAAGGACAAUGGCGAACUGGACCAAAGGCAUUCUCCUGGCUUAUUGAAAGCUCACAAACACCACCAUCAACACCCGCAUUAUCAACAACCCUCUUCCACAUACCCGGAUAAACGAUAUGCCAUGGUACUGUUCCGCAUUACCAGCGUUUUCUACAUCCUCUGGUUGCCCUACAUCAUUUACUUUCUGUUGGAGAGCGGUGGACUCUACCACCACCCGGCGGCGUCUUUCCUCACCACUUGGCUGGCCAUCAGCAACAGCUUCUGUAACUGCCUCAUCUACAGCCUCUCCAACUCCGCCUUCAGGAAGGGCCUCAAGCGUCUCUGCUCGUACUGCUUACGGCGCAGCGGCAGCGGUUUCGGCGUCAGGAAACCCAAAAAGGCUUUCAUCGGUUCGAUCGACCAGGGAUGUACUGCGGCAGGGUACGGAUCCGACGAGAUAGGAAUCGGCACAACGUGUCAUGUGUAGUGGCCUCGUCGGGGACAGCUAUGUGCCACAUUUGUGCGUUUCAACGGCUCGGCUGAAGUGUCUCUCCUCUGCGAGAUGAAAUGUCACGAAGAGAUGGAAGGAGGCGUGAUUGUGCCACUGCUUUUUCCAUCACAUUUGGAGGUUACACAGACGUCCUCUCUGCUCACGCCACGCUGGGGGGAGUCUGGAGUUAGCCGCUGAAGGAUAAACUGGGCUAAAUAGGCUUACAAGGUGUCAUUCGUCCAUGGGAGGGGACA